GAAGGCCUUACGAACAAAGUAAAAACGAAAAUAGAAACCUCCCUCCCCGUUCUGGGUUCACGCCGAAACAGAGAAGUGGAGAGGCUGGUCGUUUGGAGUUCCAAUCUCUCCCCAAAGAACUAUGGCUCUUCCGAUUUGUGCUAGGUGUAAGCCUACUGUACAUUACGACGAUGGCAGUCGAUGUUGUGAGGUAUGUGGAAAAGUUGUUUAUCAAGAUUUGUACACUGAGGAACCUACAUUUGUUAAGGGCGCUGGAGGAGAGAGUCAGGUGGCAGGUACCCUUGUAAAAUCCAUCCUAAGUUGCUACCCAGAAUCAUUUAGAAGGACCCUAGAUAAAGGGAGAGAUGAAAUAGAUCGUAUGGUUACAGCUUUUAAUAUAAGUGGUGGUGACUCUAUAAUUAAUCCAGCUUGUGCAUUUUAUCGGAUGGCACUUGAACGGGGCUUUACUAGGGGGCGUAGAACAGAGCAAGUUGCAGCUGCGUGCCUUUAUAUUGCAUGUCGUGUUGCUCAUGACCCAAAGCCAUUUCUCCUUAUUGACUUUUCAGAGUUUUUGGGGAUAAAUGUUUAUGUGCUAGGCGCUGUAUUUUUGCAGCUUUGUCAACUUCUAAGCCUUGGAGAGCAUCCUACUAUUGUUAAACCUGUCGAUCCUUCCCUUUAUAUACCUCGAUUUGCAGAAAAAUUAUUGAAGGAAAGAAACAUGAAGGUCUGUGAAACUGCGUUACACAUUAUAGCCAGCAUGAAAAGAGACUGGAUUCAGACGGGCAGAAAACCUAGUGGGCUGUGUGGUGCAGCAUUAUAUAUCUCUGCCCUUUCACAUGGGUACAGAUUUUCGAAGUCUGACAUUGUAAAAAUUGUACAUAUUUGUGAAGUAACGCUAUCAAAACGAUUGAUUGAAUUUGAGAAUACAGACUCAGCGAGCUUAACGAUUGAGGAGUUAAAUAAGAAUGCUAAGGCAUGCGAACUACGAGUUGAUGGGUCCCAAAAGUCUGGGGAAGUGCUUUGUGAACAUAAAGAUAGACCUCAUUUUGCCCAUGGACUUUGCAGGGAUUGUUAUGAAGAUUUUAUUGAACUUUCUGGGGGACUACAUGGUGGGUCAGAACCUCCUGCCUUCCAGCGUGCUGAAAGGGAGAGAAUGGCCAUAGCAUCUGCUAAUAAGGGGGAUGAAUCAAGUCUCUUCAUGCCUCAGCAAGAGACGGAAAAAAUUGAACAGUCUGAGAAAGCCAAGUCAUUCGCCGAAAGUAGCCAAAAGGCAACCAAGAAUGAAGGAUUGUACCAAAGGGAGGAUGACUGUACUUCAGCUGGCACGGAUCAGAUCGAAAAAGAAGGUGUUUCUGAUGAACAUCAGAAAUCUAAGAACACGAGUUCCUUCACUGAUGAUGAAUCAGAUGGCCUUUCUGAUAUUGAUGAUGCUGAGGUGAGUGGCUACCUCAACAAUGAGGAGGAGAUGCGUUACAAGAAGAUUAUAUGGGAGGAAAUGAACAAAGAGUAUCUUCAGGAACAAGCAGCAGCAGCUGCUGCUAAGAUGGAAGCCAGUCAGGCUCUCUAUGAGAAUUGUUCUGAUGAAUUGCGAGCUGCACAUGAACUAGCUGCAGCAGCUGCUGCAGCUGUUGCGAAGUCGAGAAAGGAGCGGAAACGGAAACAAGAUGUGAAUCCCAAUCCUGCUCAAACGGCUGCAGAAGCAGCUCAUCAAAUGCUAAUCAAGAAGAGACUCAGCUCGAAAAUCAACUAUGAUGUAUUGGAGACCCUCUUUGCCGACAAGCCACCAUCUGAUUCGGAUAAAAAACUCAAACCAUCAAAUGGCGACGACAAUGCCAAAGGGAAAAGCGAUGGUGAGAAAGAGCGUGAUGGUGACAUCGCAGACAACUAUGAUGAAUUGGAACAAGGGUAUGAAGACAUGGAACAGGAAGAUGACAUGGGAACAUAUGGCAAUGUAAUGCACUUUGAAAAUGAAGAGGAUGUUUAUGGUUAUGACUAUGAUAAUGGUGAAGAUGAAUAUUGAUGUGAGAGGUAAUUGUGUUCAGAGAUGUUAGUUUAUGUUAGGCUCAUUUGAUUUCAUUGAAGUCCCUUUUACCUUAGAAAUGAUCAAAUCAGUGGGGGGGUGUGGAGAUAGGAAGGAAACUAAAACAGUAGCUUCAUGAUACUCGAGGAGAAUUACCACAGUAUUUUUUGCCACAUUGAGAUUGCCACAUUGUUUUGAGUCGUAGGUUGGAUUAUUAGAAUUACCCUUUUGAAGUUUUAAACAAGCAACGUUCAUGGCUUUCUUCACUUCCUUUUAACUAGAUUGUAUGUGAAAUGGGCUGCUGCCUGUUUCAAAUGGUCUUUAAGCAAUUGAAGUUUGGACCAUUCAGAGUGUGGGUCUCAUCUUUGUGGACAAUCCAACGUCCAAGUUCAGUUGUUGGAUGGACUGAGAUCGUGUGCAAUAGUUUUGAUUUGGGCAGUUCAUUUAAAAUGAACGAACCGGAUUAGAUUUGCAAUACUCUAUAUAUCUAUCAUCAUUGUCACGUAACACGAUCACAAUAUCAAACUUUGUAGUUUUGAUUUUGUGAUGCCCUUUUUGUAUGUGUUUAGAAUAGUAGUAGUUUAAGGAUUCAGUGUAAUGUGCAUGACAAUCAUAUAUAAAUGAAGUUAUGUUUAUAUUAGAGUUCUGAUAUUC